CCGAAGCUCCACACCCAGCAGCCUCCACAUCACUGUGUGAGACGGCUCUCUGUGUUCGUGCGGCGGGCGCGUCAUUGACCCUCCACUCACAUCCAGCGUCAGAACCGGGGAGCCAUUAAUGUGAUUGGAAUAUAAUAAAGAUUCAAUAUAGCGCAUGCUAAGAAGUCCUUCAGUUUGUGAAUGUAUAAUAUUUUUUAUUAUAGAUAUUCUGAGCAACGUGUCAGCCGAGUGACUGGAUUGAACAGGGCUUCUUCUCGACAUGAUCCAGUGAAGCUCGUGACGUGUCCAGGCAGAACCCCAGAGACUCUCUGCAAAGUCCUAAGACACCGAGAUGGCCUCACUUCCUAACCUAUCACAAGCCCUGACCCAGGAGGACUUACAAGAGAAUGGGAGGAGGAGUGAACAUGCUGCCAAAGUGCUGAAAAAUGAAUGAACUAUCAGUGUCACAACACACUGUGGUCCCAACCUGCCACAUUAAGUCAACAGCAUCACACAGGCAAGGCCGCACUGACUGAAGCGACCAAUUGCUGUUAUUUAAAAAACAAAGUGUAUUUAUUGCACUAACUAAACAGCGGUGAAGACCGUGGAAAGAUCCGUUCAGAAGAAACCUUUUCUCCAACUUUUUGUGAAAGAUGAUGUCCUCCAUGUUGGGCUUGUUGGUGCUUGCAGGCAUCAUAGGACGGGUUGAGCUGAUCACAGUCAGUACGCCGUUCAAAUCCAUCAACGUCACAGUGGGUGGAAGUGUCCUCCUCCAGUGUGAGUUUGAGACUAUUCCGGACACCUCCGGCCUCACCAUCCAGUGGGACUUUAUGUCAUCAGCCGCCCCACAGCAGAUCUAUUACUAUCAGUCAGGAAAGGACGUCAUUUCCAAACCGUAUGAGGGCAGAAUCCAGCCUCCCUCCUCGCCAGGCCCGAACAAAAACGCCUCGAUAACAAUACACAACAUGCAGCCAUCAGACAGUGGAUUCUACACCUGUGAGGUUCACAACUUCCCUGAUGUGGACGGAAAGUCUCAGGUCAAUAUCGCUGUGAACGUGCAUGAGAGGCCCUCUCCUCCUUACUGCGCCGUCCACGGUGACGUUGAGUCGGGUCACCUGGUCACUCUGACAUGCCACAGUGAGCUUGGAAGCCCGACACCUACAUACACCUGGACCAAACUGGACCAGGCUAAGACCAGGAUGCCUGUUCUGGGACAAACAAGCCCAGCUGGAAUAUUGAAAAUCACUAACAUUUCCCAGUUUCAAUUUGGGGAGUACCAGUGCAACGCGACAAAUUUUGCAGGUUUUUCAAUCUGCACCAUAGAGCUGACUGCCGAGGUGGGAGAUGGAGUGAUUGCUGGUGCAGUGAUUGGUGCGUUACUUGGGUGCCUGCUCAUCAUCCUGGUCGUGUGGUUCAUCGCUCACACGGUGAAGAGGCAUAGAUACAAAGUCGUGAAGGCGCCAGAGGCCAACGAGAUGAGGGGGAGCUCUCGUACGGCCCAGGAAGCCACUGAGAGCGUUCCCACGGCAACCACAGCCGGAAACCUCCACGCUGUGGGAGAUGAGCCAGAAGCCUAGAACGAGACCUGCUGAUAACAACUGGGGCGACGUCACUUAUCUGAACAGCUGGGUGUCCGGGAAGUUCAGGCCUGAACAUACGUCAUUCUCAGAUUCAAUAAAUACCAUAAAUGACAUUGCAUGCUGUGUAUUUACCAUACAGUCUUUUACUGCUGUGUCACUCUUACCAUUUGUGUUCACUAUCACACCUUUCAGGAGCGCAGAUGCAGAUCUUUUAACGGACAGCAUCUUAACACCAUGUUUUCUUGUCAUCGUUUUUUUUUUAUUUUUCAAAGUGUGACAAUCAUUGCAUCUGUUUUUAAAUAUGCUUUAGGCUAUACUCUAUGGUAACCAAUCUUUGAAUUUAUUUCACGAAUCAAUACAUAAAUACAUUUCUGUUUUACAAUGCUGAUGUGAUGAGGUCAGAGUUGGAGGCUGUUGGUGCUGUCGCUCAAAUAACUGCAGCAGUCUGCAACAGACUCACUGUAUGUCUUUGUCUUUCUUUCACAUGUCUUACACACAUCUUUGGGUUUGAACCUUGAAACAAAAAUAAUCAAAUAAAGGUUUUCAAAUGAUAAAAUAUCCAAAGUUAUAAUCACAAUGCAACAUUUUACAGUUGAUAGAUAUCACAAACUAAUCCCUGAAAGGAAGGAUGAAUGGGAUCCUAGUCUUUGAUUAAUUGAUGUUAAGUGACACAAAUUAUCAGGCAACUGUAUCUGAAGGUUUUGUGCAUUAAGAUUUACAGAUUUUGAUGAAAAUAAAAUGUUGUGUUUUAUGA